GGGGCGGCGGCGGCGCGGGGAGAGCGGGCACGGGCCGCGCUGAGGCGACACCGAGGCGGGCGGGAAGGCUGCGAGUGUGGGGCUGAGCCAGGAGCCAUGCACACGUCCAGGCUCUUCACCCUCGUCCUGGUGGUGCAGCCGUCCCGCGUCCUCCUGGGCAUGAAGAAGCGCGGCUUCGGCGCCGGGCUGUGGAACGGCUUCGGGGGGAAGGUGCAGCCCGGGGAGAGCAUCGAGGAGGCUGCCCGCAGGGAGCUCCUGGAGGAGAGUGGACUGACUGUGGACACCUUGCAGAAGAUGGGUCAGAUCACAUUUGAAUUUGUAGGCAACUCUGAACUCAUGGACGUUCACAUUUUCCGGGCAGAUCACUUUCAUGGAGAGCCUACAGAAAGUGAGGAAAUGCGGCCCCAGUGGUUUCAGCUGGACGAGGUGCCCUUCCAUCGCAUGUGGCCAGAUGACAGCUACUGGUUUCCCCUGGUGCUUCAGAGAAAGUUGUUUCGUGGCUAUUUUAAGUUCCAGGGACAAGACACCAUCCUGGAGCACAGCCUGAAAGAAGUGGAGGAAGUUUAAGAAAGCAGAAGCAUUCAGCCCACAUUGGGCUACAGCAUCCUUGUGACUUAUGAAGGUCUACUUGCUCAGCUCUCCAGAAAACAACACUUAUUUUCCAGGUUGCUGCAAAGUAAGGAAAGUAAGGGGUUUUCUUAGAGCAGAAAUAAAAGUAGCAAGACUUUCCAUGCUGUGAAGUCCCUGGUUGUGGUAGGCUUUGGUGGUUAUGUGAUCACAGCUAUUAAAAACUUAAGUGUUAACCCUUUUUAGUGGCUUAAGCUUUUCCCUUAUGGGUGUAUUUUUUUUUUAUUAUUAUUAAAAAUAAUUUUUUAGUAAAAGCAUGUGUUGUUCUGUUGUAAUAGUGCUGUGAAAACCUUUUGAAAAGUUCAAACCAGAGAUUCCUUCAGGAUCCUCCAGCUGAAGGCAGUGUGAGGUUAUGGGAGUUAAGAAAGCACAAGCCAGAGGUAGAUGUACAGUCCUGUCUCAGCCUAACUUUCACUGUUGCAGCUCCUGCUGUGAAGUCAAACUAUCUGAGCAUUUCAGGUAAAAAUGUCUGAAUCAAUUAAACUUCCAGCAAGUUUCUGUUACAAAGUUCCAUCCCCUAGGGCUGCAGGCUUUGUCCCAGGGCAGGAGCAGGUGACUGUUCAGCACUGAUGUCAGCCCAACCCAGCAUGGUGGGCAGCACAAGUUUAAUCCAAUCAUGCCAGAAAUAACACAUCACAUAUGUAACUUCUUACACAAGUUGGGUUUGUUUUUUUUCCUUUUUUCAAACACUUUUACAACAUGUAACACUUACAGAUAGAAUCUUGGAAUGUCAUGUAGGAUCUGUAAACAUUUCCAGUCUACCAGCUGUAAUAGUUCUUUAAUUCCUGCAUUUGAAUAAAGUGCUUCAUACAUAAGGCUAUUUGAGCAAAGCAAAGAUAUAGGAUAUUCCAGGCAGGCAAAAUUCACACCCUCUGAACUAUGUUUGUUUCUUGUCUCCUUCCAGCAGUUUUGAAAAAUUUAUACCACUCAAACACAUCCUUCUUCAUCUGCUCAGCAAGCCACAGCUCAGACUUAGGAUGAAUUACACCUUAAAACCUUACUUUACCUUUUGUGCUGCACACUUAUUUAGAGAGGUUUUGAGACCCACCUCUGCUUCUGACCUGGCAGUGAGGGUUCCUGGCUGCUCGAACAGAGAGAAUGGUUUGGGGCAAAUAGAAAAAGCACAAAAGGACAAGCAGCUUUGACAGAGUGUAGGACCUUACUGCAUGGUAGGAAAGGGCAUGACUGGCAGCCAAUACCUGUUAAAUACCUUGGUUUAUUUCCUGAUAGAAACUGUAAAUUGCUGUGACAACCACAAACCAUGUGACAAUCACACAGAAUUACUUUCUGUUCCUCCAGGAGUUUGGGUAGGAAAAAAACAAGCAUGGCUCAAGCUUGCACUUCUGUUAUCCCCUCUGCAGUCAGGUGAGUCCUUUCAGGAAGGUGCUUCCCCAACCCUGAUUUUUAGCUCUUGUCAAAGAGCUGGGAUGUUACUGCUCCUGCUGCCAUGAGACUGACAUGGUUUAAGUAAGUUCUGUCCCCAGCUGGUGAUCUUUGUCUUUUAGUAAACAGCACAAACUGAAGAGUGUAAAUUCACCUGUUACAAAUUCCAGGAAUUAUAUCCUUCCACGGUUAAAGGAGAGUUAAAAGCACUGGAAUGUAGCAAGGCACCGUUGAACACUUUACAACUUAGGAGGAGCAACUCACCAGGAAGAUGGAAGGAGAGGGAAAGAAGGAUACAAGAUUUAAGGUAUUGUAAAUAGAGUCUUGAGCCUCUCAACACGAUACUGACAAAAAGCUUGUAUAUUCCCACUUCACAGCUGGAAGUGGAGAAGCCCUCAGGAGUGACAAAACAUAGAGUCCUUUUCAGAGAACAAUUUUCAGGCAGCCUUUCAAGGUCUCAGGUGUUUACUACCCUGGUACCUCCAGGACUGCUCUGACAGACACUGCAGGCUUUUCUGCCAUCACUCCUUUGAGCACAUCAAAGUCCCCUGACCUCAAGCACACACAGAAAAGCUUCCAUUCACAAAAGCACAUUAACACUUUGGCACUGCAUCUUACAGGAGCUUCAGAUCUCAGACAGGCAGCACACACUCCUCAAUUAGUCUGGCUUGGUUAGUGUUUACUGCAGAAGGCAAGAGCAGGGAGGUAACUACAACUGUUUUCCCCACAUUGGCUAGGACAGACAAACAGCUUGAUGGAUCCUUGGAGUCUCUGCUGCUUCCCUCUGGAGGAAGAAAGCUGUACUUGAUGCUGCCCUCCAAGUCUGACAGAUCCAUAAACUGAACAGAACAAAGACAGUAAGGAAAUCCCUCACACAUUGAGGUAAACAAACAGUGCUCUUUGCACACUGACCAGUCUCUCAAAAGAAAGGUUUGCAAACUAAGGGUUGUAUGAAAUAGUGUCUGCAUGUGUUCAGGAAUGAGACAGAAGCUUGACAGUCCAGUAUGAAAUAAACUCUGAAAGUGCCAGCAGCUGGAUCAGCUUUGAGAAUACUGGGCCUCAGUUCUCAAAUAUCUGGUGAACAGAGUAAAACCAAAACAAGAAAAGCCCACCCCCAAAACUCUCCUCAAAGACACACAUGGGGCUGACAAUGGAGGCAUGGGGUGUUUCUCAAAACAAGGUAAUUUCAGUUUCUUUAUAGGUGCUGUGGGGUGUCUGUUAUUGUUACAGUCUCUGCACUAGGACUGUACAAUUUCUGCCUGAAGGUGAACAGGAAAGAGGAGUUAGUCUAAAGCCCUAAUGUCAUUUUGAUGUUUGCUUUUUGGGGGGUUGUUUUUUGAUUUUAAAUCAAGUUCAAAAUUGUAAUGUUUUUCUAGAAGUGAGAAAUGCAAAGUUCCAUUCAGGCUGAUCCUUUGCUAGCACUCUUACAGAACACUGCCCAGUCAAACAAGUAACUUAUGAGACCCAUCAUAAAUUGUCAGAUCUUGCCCCAAAACAUACAGUAUUUUCUCAAUUUCACUGUUCACCACAUCAGGCAAACAAGUAAAGGAGGAUGGGUGCUCAGACUAAGCCAGCCAUAACCAGCCAGCACCUUCUGAUAAUGCCAGGAGUGAAGAGCAUGGAAAAGUCUGGUAACACACUUUCCACACUUGAACCACAAACCAUCUUUCUAAUCAAGACAAGGUCAAGCAGAAAAAACCUGUUGUACCAUGCCUGAGAUUAUAUCUUCUCUGUAACUGGACUGUAGAAACAUUUCCCUCCCCUGACAGUUUGCUCCAGCUUGUGAGCAGAAUUACUUCUGCAUCACUUAGGAAAUCUCCAGGAGAGAAUCAAAUCUGUCACAGCCAUUUGCAGUUCAUCUGUCUCACUGGACAAGGCCCAUGUGCAGGAGGAAAGUGAGUUAAUAUUUGAAUUGUUGGAAAAAGCUCUUUAAUGCAAUCUGUGCAAGGUUGGCUACACACUGCUUAAGGCCCAACAUUCAAGGAAUUCACCCAUAGCAGUGUAUUUACUCCAUUUUGAGGAGUGUGAGUAAUGGUUAUUCAGUCUCCUGAAACCGGGCAAAUAACUUAUCUUGCUCCUAGCUGAAGAAACUAAUCCAGAAUUUCCACCUGGGCUAGGAAGAGUUUCAUGUUGCACUGAAAUUUCUAAAUGAAAAAAAAAAA